CGCUUUCAUCGCAAUCAUCACCACAUCUUUCAGGUCCAUGAGGGGACAUUGGAGACCUAACAUCCUCCGGCGAACUUGCUUUCCGCGCUGGUUCUCUUCCUUUCCUUCCACAAUGGCCCGCGAUUAUGCAGCUGCGAUUGCAGCGCUGAAUUCAUUGCAAACAAAUUUUGCAAUUGUCGAAGCACUCAAGAAAACACAGACGAGGCAGGAGAUGAACGAGAGGUCUGUUCCUGAGAUGAUCGAAUGGGUUAAGCGCAUUGGAUACCAGCCUUCAGACCUUGGCAAGCUGAAUCCUGUACAUGUCGCCGGAACAAAAGGCAAAGGGUCAACAUCCGCUUUCAUCUCCUCUAUUCUCUCACAGUAUACUGCAGCGAAGUCUGCCGGAUCUGAGAAGUCUUCUUGCAAAAUCCACAAGAUCGGAAUUUAUACCUCUCCCCACCUGAGAUUUGCCCGAGAACGUAUACAGAUUGAUAAUACCCCUCUUUCCGAGGAACAAUUUGCGCGGUACUUUUUCGAAGUAUGGGAUCGGCUCGAGAAAUCGGCAAGUAUAGCAGGGCAGGAUCCCGCUGAUCCAAUGUCAAAACCGCAAUACUUCAGGUACCUGACGCUUAUGGCGUUUCAUGUGUACAUGAGUGAAGGUGUUGAUGCCGCGGUGAUUGAAUGUGGAAUUGGCGGAGAGUAUGAUGCCACGAAUGUCAUUGAACGGCCGGUCGUCAGCGCUAUUGCCAGUCUGGGUAUUGACCAUACAUCCAUGCUGGGAUCAACGAUAGAGGAGAUUGCGUGGCAUAAAAGUGGCAUCAUGAAGCCUUCGGUCAAAACGUUUACGGCUACGCAGCUACCUGGGGCUGAAAAGGUCCUGUUUGAACGCGCAAAAGAGAAGGGAGCUACCCUAGAGGUAGUUAGAGGCCACCCUGAACUUAAUCCAAGCAGCGAUGUGAAACUGGGUCUCGCCGGUGACUUUCAGUACAUCAAUGCGGCAGUUGCAGUUGCAGCAGCCGCGGAGUUUCUACGAAAGGUUGGAGUGGAGGGCAUUCCGCGAAACAUCCUAACUGAGUCAUUACCGUCGAAAUUCCGGAAGGGACUAGAGGAAACCCGCUUAGGAGGUCGAUGUGAAACCAGAAAGGAAAAGAACAUGACCUGGUGUGUAGACGGAGGGCAUACCCUUGAAAGCAUAAGACUGGCAGGCCAGUGGUUUGCUUCUCAAGUACGCACUAGUUCUGCCUCCUGUGACGAAGCAAACAGGAAGCCCCGACUGUUGAUAUUCAACCAGAUGACUCGGGAUAGUGUAGCGCUUGCUCGUGCUCUCUAUGAAACCCUCACCGCAGCACUGGGGUCAGAGCAUCCGUUCACCCACGCGAUAUUCUGCACCAACGUUACAUACAAGGAUGCAGGCUACAGGCCUGAUCUUGUCAGCAUGAACACAAAUGCGACUGAUGUGAAAACCCUGCGGAUACAGCAUACACUUGCGGAAACGUGGAAGACAAUCGAUCCAAGUGCCCAAGUCGAGGUUUUCAACACGAUCGAGGAGGCCGUUGACUUUGCGCGGGACGUAGCUGCGGCGAACAGAGGCUCUAUAGCUUCUGAUGAAACCCCUGCUCUGACUUUCGUCACUGGCAGCUUGCAUCUUGUUGGAGGUUUCCUCGAUGUCAUCGAGACCAAACCAGCUGCACAGAACACCUGAAUCUUCGACAACCACGACAACCUCGACCCGGGAUAUUAGCUCUCAACAGCUUGACGACGGGCAUGCUAAAUUUCUGGGUUACGCCGGAAUAUUAACUAUUUUAUGCUUUUAGUUCGGGGGGGCGUUGCCUUCAUUUGGUUUCAACAGGCGUUUGAAGUCGGCGCGGUUCGAUACAUUGCAUCCAAUAGACAUAGAAUUCAUGUAGAUCAUAGAUUGUAAUGGAACAACCCAUGAACAUAGAUAUAAUUCAUACUGAAAGUGAAUGCUGGAUUAGCGGAGGAAAGC